AUGGCAAACAAGACUUGGGUGGUAAGUGUGGUGUUCUGCUUCUUGUUCUCUUUUGUUCACAUUACAAAGGCAGGUCAAGACAGAGUCGCCAAAGCUAAGGAACUUGAGGCCGCCAAGCUUUUGAAUAAGAUGAACAAAUCAGCGGUUAAGUCUCUUAAGUUGGCGUUAAAAAAAACGCAGAGUCCUGAUGGUGACAUAAUUGACUGCGUCCAUAUUUUACAUCAGCCAGCUUUCGAUCAUCCCAAACUGAAAAAUCACAAAAUUCAGAUGAGGCCAACAUUUCUUCCAAAAGGAAGGCCUUCAGAAUCAAAGAAAAUUGCUCAGUUGUGGCACCCAAGUGGAAGUUGUCCUGAAGGAACAAUUCCUAUAAGAAGAACAAUAAAAGAUGACAUAACGAGGGCAGGCUCUUUCCAACGAUUUGGGAUGAAGGAUAGCAACACCAUCCCUAAUUUGUCUGAAUCACUAUAUUCUCCCGGAAGCAACCAUGAGUAUGCCACAACAGAAGUGAAGAAAGAUAAAUAUUAUGGAGCCAAGGCUGAGUUCAACCCAGUUAGAAGUUGA